AUGGGAAAAGUGUCCGACUUGUUCUACAAAGUUCACAAGGGUGUACCUGCUUUUAUUAUCCUGGGAGUCCCCGAGGGUCAGCAUGAUGAAGUCGAUAAGAGCGUUAAAUCAUUUAAUGACAAAUACAGGUAUCUUGACGUCAAACUCUAUCCUUAUGGAACCCAAGCUAAAAUUCGUACCCAUCUACAGCAGAGCCAUCUCUGUAUUAUGCCAUCCAGAAGCGAACCAUUUGGUUUGGUCGGCCUCGAAGCCAUAGCAGCUGGAAUUCCAGUACUUGUUACCGAGAACUCGGGUCUGGCUGACUUUUUGAAAGAAGAAUUUGCUGAUUACGCAAACAGUAUGAUUGUCAAAGUCGGGAAGAACGAUGUUGGAUUCGAUGAAGAUGUAAAUACAUGGUCAAAUGCAAUCUCUGGUAUAUUGUCCAGGUAUGACACGGCAUUUGACAGAGCAAAGUCUAUACGUGACCGUUUGAAAGAGUGCCAGAAAAUCAUAGAUACGCAAGAUGUAUUUAAACGCAAAUAUGGCAAACUCACAGCCUUGAAUAUGAUUGACAGUACAACUACAUGUAGCUCUUCCAUAGAACAGAAUAUGUUGUAUGUGGUGCUUGAUACAAACGUCUUGAUCAAUCAUUUAAAAUUCUUGGAAGAAUUCAAGGACCAAGACAUCAAAGGAUGUGGUCGACCAGUGCUUGUCAUACCUUGGGUUGUUAUGCAGGAACUGGACUCUUUAAAGGACAGCAAAAAUAUAAGGCAUGACACGGAUUAUAAUAUAAACCGCAAAGCAAGGGCAGCUGUGAAAUUUCUUCAUUUGUGUUUUGAAAGCCGACAUCCAAGAGUAAAGGGACAAUCCAUGACUGAGGGAUCCACUAAGCUACCAACAGUCAAUAUUGAAUCAAAUGAUGAUAGGGUACUACAGUGCUGUAUUCUCUAUCAACAGAAAGUUGAUGCAGAGGUGAUAUUAUUCACUAAUGAUAAGAACCUGUGUAAUAAAGCAAUAUCUUCUGAUGUGCAAGCAUUUACUAAAGAGAGUUUGUUGAAAGGAAUUAGAGAGCUGUUUGGAGUGGAUAUUGUGUCUCCUGUCAGGAUUAAGAAGAGUAACACUAAUGCUAAUCAAUCAAAGACAUCCACGCAGGAUACAAAGUCUGCAAAGCUAAAUACAGCACAAACAAAGGAACAAAAACUUAAAGAGUUCGCGGAUGAUAUACUAUGCAAAUUGAAGGCGAGGCUACGUGAAGCGUUAUCUGUUGUCUUGGAAACAGAGAUGAAGAAUGCUUUUGGUGACAUAUGGCUGUCAAUAGUUCUAAUAAAACCCCCAUGGACAAUGAAAGAUCUAAUAGAUUGUUACAAUAAUUACGAUGGUAAAAUAAGUGAUGCAGUAGACGUGAUACAAAGUUUGCAUGAUAAAUGCACGCAAGUUGUUGAUGGUGCUAUGACUCUGGAAGAAGCGUGUGGUGAGGUGUCCACUAGCAAUCAAUGCAGUGCUAAUUUUACAAGUGAAAACAGUCCUGCUAAACAUGUAAUGGAGGUCUUUGAGGUUAUAUGGAGAGCUGUGAACUACUACACUGCCCUCAUUUUUGAAGCUUUGGAAUACACACAUCCUUUGUUCCCAUCUGUUCAUGCAUCUGAGAAACCAACUGGAGCACAGGCUGUUAUCUUACUUGCAACUUUAUGCCGUCAGGUCCACAUGCUAUGCAAUGUACUGUUAAAUAACAUUGUGAAUAUAGAGAUCCAGACACUGCUAAAGAGGAAAGACUUACUUGAACAAGUUUGUGAAGCAAUAUUUACUUUCAUUCAGAAUGUUCCUAUUAAUGGCAUGAAUUGUAAAAUAACACCAGAGAUGCUACAAGAGUUUAUCAUGUGCAGCAAUAACAGACAGAGCUUGAUAGUUGGACAGAAACAACUGAAUUCUGUACUAGAACAUCUCCAGAACUGCUAUGUUAACAUUUAAUUUGGCAGAACUGCUUUGACAACCUUGCGUCAUGUGUCAAUCAAAUAGUGCUAUAGAACCAGUUGUACAGAAGGAGCUCCAGACAUUAUCUAACUUUAUCCAGUAGAUGGCAAGUUCCAUUUUCUUAUUAGUCAUUGCCAAUUACUUACACUACCCGUCACACCUCCCCAG